GCUGGCUUGGCCUAACUAUUUUGCUUUUAGUUGGCAAAGGAUUCACAUGGCUUCUUCUCACAUCAAUCCAAUAUCAUAACACGUGAUCACUUCUUCUUUUCUUUUGUCCGUUUCCCUUUUUUUCCUUUUCUCCCACAAGACAGAAGAAGAAGAAAGAUUAUCAAGACCCGAUCUCUCGUAGACUUUUUUGUCUCAGUCCAAAAACCAGAAAGAAACUUUUCCAACAACAACAAAAACAAGAACAAUCUCGUAGAUUCUUGAGCUUUUCUUGACAAUGGAUCCUUUGAAGAAUAGAACAUUGCUUAAGGUCAUUGUUCUUGGAGAUAGCGGGGUAGGCAAAACUUCAUUGAUGAAUCAAUACGUGUACAAGAAAUUUAACAAGCAAUAUAAGGCCACGAUCGGAGCAGAUUUCGUCACCAAGGAGCUUCAUAUAGAAGAAAAAUCUGUCACUUUACAGAUAUGGGAUACUGCAGGACAAGAGAGGUUUCAGAGUCUAGGAGCUGCGUUCUAUAGAGGUGCUGAUUGUUGCGUUCUUGUGUACGACGUGAACAAUCUCAAAUCUUUCGAAACUCUCAAGAACUGGCACACCGAGUUCCUUAAACAGGCAAAUCCAAUGGAACCUGAGACAUUUCCCUUUGUUUUGAUCGGGAACAAGACCGAUGUAGAUGGUGGAAACACCCGAGUUGUUUCAAAUAAGAGAGCCAUCGAAUGGUGUAGCUCAAAGGGUAACAUACCGUACCAUGAAACCUCUGCGAAGGAAGAUACCAAUGUCGAUGAAGCUUUUUUGGGUGUUGCACACAUUGCUCUCUCCAAUGAGCAUAAACAGACCAAUGACAUAUAUCCUAGAGGUGUAUAUGACUCUGUUACGGAUAUUAUUGAUCCAGAUCAGUCCAGGAAUUGUGCUUGCUGAUUCAUAUAUAACACAUCUGAUCAAUAAUAUCGAGUCCCCAGCACUUUUCUUAUCAGCCUUUGUUUUUGGUAACAUUUUUUUUAAUUGCUUAAAUAUCAAUGAUAGAGGUUUAUUAACGGAAAAUAAAAACAAUUGGUAUAUGCUACGUUCUGAGUGUUUUGAUUGAUGUAAAGCAUUAAUUAAUUUAUAUUGAAUUUCUGUAAAACUUUUGUAUUUUUUUUUUGGUUUCAAUGUUAAGUAAUUUCUGUAAAACGUGUUGUUGAUACAACUCAUACAAUCACUGGGUCACUUGAUUUUGUUCUACCUAUUUUCCAUUUGA